CUGGGGUUGUCAUGCUGUUGGAAUUUAUUUUUUCGCUCAUGCGAUCGGAGGAAGUGAAGUGAGAGGGUCCAGAAACAGGUUUAACUUGCGGCAAUUGUUAACUCUUCAGAAUUUAGGCCGGCACUUUUGUCAAGUCGCGAAUAAAAUUUGACCCAAAAUAAAACUCAGUCUGCUGAUGUUAUCGAUUCUGACACAUUUAUCUCGUCUCGUUAUGUACUGUUAUAUACUUUUGAUGUUUUGUCACUAAAGUUAGAUCAAUAAUUAAGCAUCGAUCAAUAUCGAUUAGCAUUUCAUUUAUUAAUUUUUUUUUUUCAUAAACAUUUCCUUGGAAAUGAGGCGAGAAAUCGAAUAAAGUAAUUGGAAUUGUCGGCAUUAAAGGCGUGUGCAAAUCAGUUAACCCCACGCAGGCUAUAAAUUGUGGAUGCUCUGUCAACUUUCCGGACCUUGAUGUUCCCAUGGCUUCUCCUCUUUUCGAAGCAACUUCAACUUGGGCCGACUUGAAUUUGUCAUGCAAAUGCCUUUGUUUUUGCUCAGCUGCUGGGAACAUGUUUUUCCCAGUCUCUGCACUUGGCAUUCAACAAAGCUGCGCUGGGAAAUGGUGGGGGAAAAUGCAUUAAAGAACCGAGAACAAUUAGGGGAAAUUGUGGGAAGAGGUUAAAGAUUUUUAUCCGAAAACGGAAAGGGAAUGGGUGAAAUUCUGCAAUUAUUUUGUUCUAAAGAACGAAUAUUUUUCCACAUAGGAAGGACCAUUUAAAAUGUUGUUAUUUGAAUUAAAUCUAGCAACCAAAGAAAAUACUUGUCAUUUCACAUUAUUUAUGUGUUUUGUUAGCCGUGUAAUACAACCAAAAUUCCAGAUAGAAACUAACGAAAAGUCAGCCACAAAAUGUGGAAUUAUCGUCAGGAAGUUGAUUUGGAAACAUUGGUAAAGAUUUCGCCGUACUGCCAUUCUUGGCCAUCGGCUUGUUGGUUCACUCUUAAAGGCCUUGAUCUGUGGAAAGUUUUAGUAUGGGACAGAUCACUAACUUACCGGGUGAUUCUUACGAUUGUCCUUCUCGGACUCCUCUGGCUUGUAUUUAAAAGACUCAAACGCAGAUGGAACGAUGUGCCUAUGUCGGAGAUUGAGUCACUGAGAAAACGUGUUCAGUUUGUAACCAAGGAUAUGGCCAUGCUGCAAGAAGCCCUAAAUUCGACCGUAAUACCCAAGCCGCCGCCACCGAUUUCUGAUAUUAUUAUGAGUAAUAUUAUUGAUAACUUGGAUGAACCACAACCCAAAGAAAACGAUGAAAAGCUAUCAGGAUAUAAAGAAAUCUUGGAUCCUGUCCCCCCAGAAUUCGACAAAACUAGUAAAACUUGUGAGCUAGUACCAGAAGAAAAUAAACCGGAGCAUGUGAUUCCAGAUGCCGAACCUGGAGAAGAUUUCGUAGUAAAAAGUAGGGUGCGAUUUGCAUUAAGAGAUCAGGGAAAACAAGCCAAAGAAGAGAGCAAGCCCAUUAAUGCCGCGAAACCCACGAAGAUUAUAGCUGAGAAUAAUGUAUGCGUGGAAAAUAGAAAUGUGCGUAAACGGCCAUCUCCUUCGACCUCGAAAAUAGCAUGGAGGCCCUAGAUCUAUUUUCAGGAAUUUUGACAUUGGAAUAUUAAAAUUGUAGUGCUCGAAUUUGUAAGAAUCCAUUCAUAGCGAUUUGUAUAAAACUUGUGAUCCUAUUUCA